UGGGAGGUGCGGGCGGUGUUAGCGAUUUCAAACCGCGCUGAGCAGCGGCUGGACACUCGCCGCGCCCGACCUGCCGGGCCCAGGAAUUGCUGUAACUGUAGAGAGAACCUGAAUUACGAUGGGGGACGACAGUGAGUGGAUGAAACUGCCCAUCGACCAGAAGUGUGAACACAAGCUGUGGAAAGCCAGAUUAAAUGGCUAUGAAGAAGCCCUUAAGCUCUUCCAGAAGAUAGAUGAUGAGAAGAGUCCUGAAUGGUCCAAAUACCUUGGAUUGAUAAAGAAAUUUGUGACGGACUCCAAUGCAGUAGCACAGUUGAAAGGACUGGAAGCAGCACUUGCUUAUGUUGAAAAUGCUCAUGUAGCUGGGAAGACAACAGGGGAAGUAGCUUCUGGAGUUGUAAAUAAAGUAUUCAAUCAGCCAAAAGCCAGAGCAAAGGAGCUGGGUGUAGAUAUCUGUCUUAUGUAUAUAGAAAUUGAGAAAGGGGAGGCAGUACAAGAAGAAUUACUAAAGGGUCUCGACAACAAAAACCCGAAAAUCAUAGUUGCUUGUAUAGAGACACUGAGGAAAGCACUAAGUGAAUUUGGUUCAAAAAUAAUCUCACUGAAGCCAAUCAUUAAAGUAUUGCCAAAACUGUUUGAGUCUCGGGAAAAGGCUGUUCGUGAUGAAGCCAAACUCCUUGCUGUGGAGAUCUACCGUUGGAUAAGGGAUGCUCUGAGACCUCCCCUGCAGAAUAUAAAUUCUGUUCAGCUAAAAGAACUGGAAGAAGAGUGGGUCAAAGUGUCAUCAGCUGCUCCUAAGCAGACCAGGUUCCUGCGUUCCCAACAGGAGCUGAAAGCAAAAUUUGAGCAGCAACAGGCAGCUGGAGGAGAUGGAGAUGGAGGAGAUGAUGAUGAGGAAGAAGCAGUACCACAAGUAGAUGCAUAUGAGUUGCUUGAAGCUGUAGAAAUUCUUUCAAAGCUUCCGAAGGACUUCUAUGAGAAAAUAGAAGCAAAAAAGUGGCAGGAAAGGAAAGAAGCUCUAGAGGCUGUGGAAUUGCUGGUGAAAAAUCCAAAGUUAGAAUCAGGAGACUAUGCAGACUUGGUGAAAGUUCUCAAAAAGGUUGUUGGAAAGGAUACAAAUGUUAUGCUGGUUGCUUUAGCUGCCAAAUGCCUUGCUGGACUGGCUUCUGGCCUCCGAAAGAAAUUUGGACAAUAUGCAGGACAUGUUGUUCCAACAAUCUUAGAGAAAUUUAAAGAGAAGAAACCUCAGGUAGUGCAAGCACUGCAGGAAGCCAUUGAUGCAAUCUUUCUUACUACCACAUUGCAGAACAUAAGUGAAGAUGUGUUGGCAGUGAUGGACAACAAAAAUCCAACAAUUAAGCAGCAGACAUCCCUUUUCAUUGCAAGAAGCUUUCGACACUGCACACCUUCUACUCUGCCAAAAAGUCUGUUGAAACCUUUCUGUGCUGCACUUCUCAAGCAUAUCAAUGAUUCUGCUCCUGAAGUUAGAGAUGCUGGUUUUGAAGCAUUAGGCACUGCAUUGAAGGUUGCUGGAGAGAAAGCUGUGAAUCCUUUUCUAGCAGAUGUCGACAAACUAAAGCUUGAUCGGAUUAAAGAGUGUGCAGAGAAGGUAGAACUGGUUUAUGGUAAAAAGGCUGGAGCUGCUGAGAAGAAAGAAGGCAAGCCUGUUGCUGGAAAGACACCUGCGCUUUCAGGCACUGCUGGAGAUAAAGAAAUAAAAGAUGCAGCAGCCAAGCCAGGACCACAGAAAAAAGCACCUGCUGUGAAACCUGGGGGCCCACCUAAGAAAAGCAAACCAGCUGCAGCUGCAGGUACAGGAGGUGCUGGAGCUAAAGGCAAGAAGGGUCCUGAGACCAAAGAGAUAUUUGAAUCUGAGCUCUCGAUAGAAGUUUGUGAGGAGAAAGCUGCUGCUGUCCUUCCAGCUUCCUGUAUCCAGCAGCUGGACAGUGGUAACUGGAAAGAGAGACUUGCCUCCAUGGAAGAGUUUCAGAAGGCUGUUGAGCUUAUGGAGAGAAGUGAAAUGCCUUGCCAAGCUCUAGUAAGAAUGCUGGCCAAGAAACCUGGUUGGAAGGAAACAAACUUUCAGGUGAUGCAGAUGAAACUGCAUAUAGUUGCAUUGAUUGCACAGAAAGGAAACUUCUCCAAGACUUCAGCACAGGUUGUAUUGGAUGGUCUUGUAGACAAGGUUGGUGAUGUGAAAUGUGGGAGCAAUGCAAAAGAAGCCAUGACAGCAAUAGCUGAGGCAUGCCAACUGCCAUGGACUGCUGAGCAGGUUGUGGCUAUGGCUUUCUCUCAAAAGAACCCUAAAAACCAGUCGGAAACUUUGAACUGGCUCUCAAAUGCAAUUAAAGAGUUUGGCUUUUCUGGAUUGAAUGUCAAAGCUUUCAUUAGUAAUGUGAAGACAGCUCUUGCUGCAACUAACCCAGCUGUAAGGACUUCUGCCAUUACCUUGCUGGGAGUCAUGUAUCUUUAUGUGGGACCAUCUUUACGAAUGUUUUUUGAGGAUGAAAAGCCAGCCCUUCUCUCUCAGAUUGAUGCAGAAUUUGAAAAGAUGCAAGGACAGACAGCACCAGCCCCAACUCGUGGCAUUUCCAGGCACAGUGGAGGAAGUGGGGAUGAUGGUGAGGAAGAGGAACAGGAAGAUGUUGGGAAUGAUGUUGUGGAUCUUCUGCCAAGAACAGAUAUUGGUGAUAAGAUCACAGCUGAGCUAGUGGCUAAGAUUGGGGACAAAAACUGGAAGAUCAGGAAAGAAGGUCUAGAUGAAGUGGCAAGCAUUAUUAACGAUGCCAAGUUCAUACAGCCCAAUAUAGGAGAACUUCCUGCAGCUUUGAAGAGUCGUCUCAAUGACUCCAAUAAAAUCUUGGUGCAACAAACGCUGAGCAUUCUUCAGCAGCUGGCAACAGCAAUGGGCCCCAAUAUCAAACAGCAUGUGAAAAAUUUGGGCAUUCCUGUCAUUACAGUCCUUGGAGACAGUAAGAAUAAUGUUCGUGCUGCUGCACUAGCAACUGUGAAUGCCUGGGCUGAACAAACUGGCAUGAAAGAGUGGCUGGAAGGAGAAGACCUAUCUGAGGAACUCAAAAAAGAAAAUCCUUUUCUAAGGCAAGAGCUUCUUGGUUGGUUGGCUGACAAGUUGCCUACCCUCCGCACUGUUCCUUCUGACCUGCUCUUAUGUGUGCCUCACCUCUACUCCUGCCUUGAAGAUCGAAAUGGAGAUGUGCGUAAAAAGGCUCAGGAUGCCCUGCCAUUCUUUAUGAUGCAUCUUGGCUUUGAGAAGAUGGCAAAAGCCACCGGCAAGCUGAAGCCUACUUCCAAAGACCAGGUACUGGCCAUGCUUGAAAAAGCCAAAGCCAAUAUGCCAGCCAAACCAGCUCCGCCUGCUAAAGCAUCCUCCAGAGUGGGAGGGGGAGCAGCUCCAGCCAAAUUCCAACCUGCAUCAGCUCUUACAGAAGAUUCAGGGUCAAAUAGCAUGGAAUCUAAGCCUGAUCCCAAAAAAGCCAAAGUAGGAGGAACUUCCUCUAAAACUAAGCAGUCAGAUGUUAAUAGCAGUGUGUCCAAGGGCAGUACCAGCCUGUCCAAAACUAAUACAAACUUCAGCAAAGGCAAUACCAGACUGACAAAGAGCAAAUCUAUCAAACAGGGCGUACAGGGGAAGAAAAUAUUAAACAAGCCUACUUUAAAGGAGGAUGAUGACAAAUCGGGUCCCAUUUUUAUCAUAGUCCCAAAUGGGAAAGAACAGAGAAUGAAAGAUGAAAAAGGACUGAAGGUGUUGAAGUGGAACUUCACUACUCCUCGUGAUGAAUACAUUGAACAGCUGAAAACUCAAAUGUCCAGUUGUGUAGCCAAAUGGUUACAGGAUGAGAUGUUUCAUGCAGACUUCCAGCACCACAACAAAGCACUGGCUGUUAUGAUUGAGCAUUUGGAGAAUGAGAAAGAAGGAGUCAUCAGCUGCCUGGAUCUGAUCCUGAAGUGGCUUACUCUUCGGUUCUUUGAUACCAACACAAGUGUUCUUAUGAAAACGCUUGAAUACCUUAAAUUGCUGUUCAAUAUGCUGAGCCAAGAGGAGUAUCACCUUACAGAAAAUGAAGCAUCGUCUUUCAUCCCGUAUCUCAUCAUAAAGGUAGGAGAACCAAAAGAUGUCAUCCGCAAAGAUGUGCGUGCCAUCCUGAAUAGGAUGUGUCUCAUAUAUCCAGCCAGCAAAAUGUUUACUUUCAUCAUGGAGGGGACAAAAUCUAAAAACUCAAAACAGCGUGCAGAGUGCCUGGAAGAGCUUGGAUGUCUGGUUGAAUCUUAUGGCAUGAACGUAUGCCAGCCAACUCCAGGGAAAGCCUUGAAAGAAAUGGCAACUCAUAUUGGUGAUAGAGACAACACCGUUCGCAAUGCUGCACUGAACACCAUUGUAACUGUCUACAAUGUUCAUGGUGACCAAGUAUUCAAGCUGAUUGGAAAUCUGUCAGAGAAAGACAUGAGCAUGUUGGAGGAGAGAAUAAAACGGUCAGCCAAGAGACCAUCUGCUGCUCCAGUGAGACAGGCAGAGGAGAAACCUCAGCGUAUCCAAAACAUCAGUGCGAAUGCUAGCAUGCUGCGGAAGGGGCCAGCUGAGGAUAUGUCUUCCAAACUCAACCAAAAUCGCAAUAUGGGCAGUCACUCUGAGACAGCACAUACAGUUCCACGGGAAUUUCAGCUGGAUCUUGAUGAAAUUGAAAAUGAUAACGGUACUGUCAAAUGUGAGAUGCCAGCACUUGUACAGCACAAACUAGAUGACAUCUUUGAGCCGGUCCUGAUUCCUGAGCCCAAAAUCCGUGCUGUGUCGCCACACUUUGAUGACAUGCACAGUAGCAUUGCUUCUACCAUCAACUGUGUCAUUUCUCAAGUAGCCAGUGGUGAUAUAAAUACAAGCAUUCAGGCUCUAGCACAGAUUGAUGAAGUUUUCAGACAGGAAGACAAAGCAGAAGUUAUGUCUGGCCACAUUGACCAAUUUCUAAUAGCUACACUUAUGCAGCUUCGGUUAAUCUACAAUACACACAUGGCAGAUGAGAAGCUAGACAAAGAUGAGAUAGCAAAACUUUACAGCUGUAUUAUUGGGAGCAUGAUAUCGCUGUUCCAGGUAGAGAGUCUGGCUCGAGAAGCCUCUGCUGGUGUGCUAAAGGACCUAAUGCAUGGUCUUAUUACAUUAAUGCUGGAUUCUCGAGUUGAAGACCUCGAGGAGGGUGAGCAGGUCAUCCGAUCGGUCAAUCUCUUGGUAUUGAGGGUUCUUGAAAAGUCUGACCAGACCAACAUUUUGAGUGCUCUGCUUCUUUUACUUCAAGACAGUCUGCUAGCAACAGCCAGCUCUCCUAAGUUUUCAGAACUUGUCAUGAAGUGUCUGUGGAGAAUGGUGCGUCUUCUGCCAGAAACCAUUAACAGCAUCAAUCUGGAUCGGAUUCUACUGGAUAUCCACAUUUUUAUGAAGGUCUUUCCCAAAGAGAAGCUGAAGCAGUGUAAGAGUGAGUUUCCUAUAAGGACAUUGAAGACUCUGCUUCACACCCUGUGCAAGCUGAAAGGGCCCAAGAUCUUAGAUCACCUAACGAUGAUAGAAAACAAAAACGAAUCUGAGCUGGAGGCUCACCUGUGUAGAGUAAUGAAGCAUUCCAUGGACCAGACUGGAAGCAAAGCUGAUAAAGAUACAGAAAAGGGGGCUUCUCGCAUAGAAGAAAAAGCUUCAAAAGCCAAAGUGAAUGAUAUUUUGGCAGAAAUAUUUAAGAAGAUUGGCUCCAAGGAGAACACCAAGGAGGGUUUGGCAGAGCUGUAUGAAUACAAAAAGAAAUAUUCUGAUGCAGAUAUUGAGCCCUUCCUGAAAAACUCAUCUCAGUUCUUCCAGAGCUACGUGGAAAGAGGCCUCCGGCUCAUAGAAACGGAAAGGGAGGGGAAAGGACGCAUUGCUUCUUCUACAGGAAUUUCUCCUCAGGUGGAAGAAACGUGUGUUCCUGUUUCUACCCACACUGUAUCUUCAUCUAUAGGAAACACAAAUGGGGAGGAAGUGGGGCCUUCAGUUUACUUGGAACGAUUAAAAAUCCUCAGGCAACGUUGUGGCCUUGACAAUGCAAAGCAGGAAGACAGAGCACCUCUGACAUCUCUGCUCUCUAAACCAGCAGUCCCUACAGUUGCCUCCUCUACUGAUAUGCUUCAUAGUAAGCUCUCCCAGCUCCGUGAGUCACGAGAACAGUACCAACAUCUGGAUCUGGACUCCAAUCAGACUCAUUCUUCUGGCAUUGGAACUACCACAGCUUCAUCCUCUUCUGCAGCAGCUAAUAUUGAUGACUUGAAAAAAAGAUUGGAGAGAAUAAAAAGCAGUCGCAAAUAGAGAGGCAGCAUCACGGUUGCUGUCUUCAGCUUUAGUUUACUAAACUAGAAGUCUUCAUAGUUAAGUGGCCUCGUUUAGGCCUGAUGUAUACAAACUGGUUUAUGUAUAAUACAGUGGAUUUUGGAGGGACUGGGUCAUUGUGGCACAAGUAUUUGUACAUAAUCUGCUUCGCAGUGAGCAUCUCUUGACAAUAGAAGGCUGUCUGUGUAUUAGUUUUAGUGUACAGACCUGUAAACAACCAUCCUCUUGCUCAGACUAGUUUCUCAUAACUUUUUUUAUUUGUAAUGUCUUUAAGACCUUUUUUCCUAGUUCUUAACUCUUAGAAAGUCUUUAGUGAUUUCACUUUUAAUUUUGUGAAUUCUUCUCCAUGUAAUCCUUGAACUGUUGAUUCUAUAUGGACACAUGGCAUGAAGUAACUAAUUUAAGUGUCUUUUGUAAAUAAAGUUUGCAUUAACUAUACCAGUCUUUAUAGGAACAGCAGUGACUGCUGGUGAGAGAAGUUGCUGUCUAUUCCUGAAUGUUAGUGACUGGGCAUCUAGAAAUUGAACUAAGCUAUUCUUGAAAUGAACCUAAAGCUUGGAUAUUUUAUAGGGAAGAUGAGUGAAUAUAUUAUCUCUGGGUUGCAA